AAAAAAUGAUGGGGCGGUGGUGGUGGAAAGUUGGGGUGUUGGUGGGGUUAGUGGCAUUGUGGAGAGGUUAUGGUUAUGGUUAUGGAAUCGGUUGGGAGAAGGAGACAGCAUUGAAGUUUCUGAGAGAAUGGUCUGAAAAAUUAGGGUUUUGGGCGAUCCCUUUAUACGUUUCAUUACAUACUCUCUCCAUCGCUCUCUGUUUGCCAUCUGCUAUUUUCUUCGAAGCCGCCGCUUCUCUUCUCUUUGGUUUCUUCCCUUCCGUUCUCUGCGUCUUCUCUGCCAAAAUCCUCGCUGCUUCUCUUUCCUUCUUCAUCGGCAGGUUGGUAUUCAGAAGUUCAAGCUCUGCGAUGGGAUGGGCCCAAAGAAACAAAUAUUUUCAUCUCCUUAAGAGAGGAGUUGAGCAAGAUGGUUGGAGAUUUGUUCUUCUCGCCCGCUUCUCACCUAUGCCCUCUUAUGUUAUUAACUAUGCUUUAGCUGCUACUGAAGUUGGGUUCUUUGUGGAUUUUCUUCUACCUACUGCUGUUGGAUGUGUCCCCAUGAUCUUGCAAAAUACAUCUAUCGGAAGCCUUGCUGGUGCUGCUGUUGCUACAGCCUCUGGCUCUAAGAAAUCUCAAAUUUGGUCGUUCUUUUUUCCUAUAGUUGGUAUUCUAUCUAGUAUACUUAUUUCUUUGAGAAUUAAAAAGUAUUCAACCCAAGUUUCAGUAUCUGAAAUCUCUCCCGGCAGAGAUAACACUGAUUAGUAACAAACUUUAUCUGGUAGUGAAGAGAUGGAGUACCUUCCAAAAGUUAAGCGUCAUUUUUUGUCGAGUUAACAUUAUAUAUAUGCCUCUGGUUCCUAUUAAUGUUAUGACUUCAUUUAGUUUGGCAGUUGCACUUCAGUUCAGUUAUUUAGGCGUUGAUUUGGAUUUUUCUGUUUUAUUAUAUUUGAUGCUUUUCUUUAGGUAGAGUAGUGGAACUUUGCUCAAUAAAUCUUCACAAAAAUGCACACAAACUUAGUGGGGUGUUAGGUAAGUCCAGGUGGUCCUGUGUGAACCUUUUUUUAUAACUAAAAACUCAGAUCUAUGAGCCAGCGGUACACACUUAUGCAGGUUUAUGAAUGUAUUAUCCUUGCGCAGUUUA